CCGAAUAGCUAGAGCUUGUAUCUGGAAGAUAGCUUUCUCCUGUAGAAUAUGGCUGAAGCUCGAGAAGUUGCAUUACCUAGUGGAUACGAUGAUGAGUUUGUAAAUCCAGUCGACGAAGAUCUGCACUGUUCAAUCUGUCGUCUGCCACUGAAAGAGGCCGUGCAGACGGGAAUAUGUGGGCAUAGAUUUUGUAGGCAGUGCCUUGAUGAACACUUUAGGAGGUUGGUGGUUCUAAAAAUUGUCUGAGUUGUAUUAUCAUGUCUGUGUCAUCAGAUAGUUAGUCUAGCUAGAGGUUAUUAUUUACUGGCUUCGAGAGACUGUUCAUGCUUCCGGAAGCAUGACGUAGCGAUGCAAUGCCGAAGUUGCGAGCUACGUGGAUCUAAUAUAAUUACGUCGACAGAGACUUUGAAUUUGUUAGAAAGAGAGGUUAUUAGCCCGGGCUAAGUGAAAUCGCUCGUCAUUGCUAUCGGUCUUAAAAUUAUAGUCUCUCUUAACUUUUUUAAGGCUGACAAAGCGCAAUUAAAUACAAUGCACUCCAAGAAGGAACAACUUAAUUCCUGCAUUAAUUAUCCGAGCUACUCCAUCGACUGCAAAUUGGCUAAGUUCUCUUAUGUUGAGCGAACAAACAUGGGAGCUUUGCAAAGUUUUAUCACAUGGCAUAAAAAGGAAAAAAAACCUUUUACUUCAAAGAUUUUAGUUCAAGGCUCUUGUUUAUAAAACAAAGGUGGCUCAAUCAGUCUCGGAAUCGACAGCGGUGAAUCGAGCGAGUUCUGCUUCAUGUUAAUUAUGCUGAUUGUGAAAGGUUUGAACCCAGGAGUCAUUUCAAUAGUAGGUUGAGUUUGAUCGUCCGGGUGAACGUAGUCCUGAAUAGGACUGUUGUUGUUGACAGUGACUGACGUUUCGACAACCUGUGCGGUAGUCAUCAAAGUGAGUUGUAUCACGUCAGUUGAUGGUAUUAUAUUCUGGUUAUUGAUCUGAUUGGUCAAUUACGUCGCGAUGUUAUUGGUCGUCUGUCAGUUAAGCCGUGUUGUUAUUGGCUAUGAAGACUCGUAAUCAGUAAUUUGUGCGUUUCGAUCCGUCUAUUGUCACAGUUAAUGUAAGAAGCCUGGCAGUCGCAGCAUUUGAUCUUGUAUACUGCUCCCUGUCUGUCCUCCGGUUUGUCUUUGUCCUUGACAUUAGUAAACAGUCGCCGUAAAGUGGUUAUCGGUUUGUGUGCAACAUGUAUAUUGUAAGGUUGUAAUAUACGUGCAGUAGUUUCAGAGGUGCCUCUAAUAUACGUGGAAUAGUUUCAGAGGUGCCUCUGAUGUACGUGUUGCACACGAACCGAUAACCACUUCACGGCGACUGCUUACUAAUGCCACGGACAAAGACAAACCAGAGGACAGACAGGGAGCAGUAUACAAGAUCAAAUGCUGCGAUCAAAUUGACUGGGUCUCUGCGACAUGUAUAACGUAUUUUACAGACUACUAUCAACGUCUUACUUUAGAAAGCUGGUUUACUAACUUAGAAAAAACGCCACUGAAUCGUAGCCAACAGUUACCAGCACCGUACAAACGACUUAUUGACGAGAUCAAGCAAAACUAACUACGAGAGAACGACUGGAGAACUGACAAUUUGACUAACAAUAGACGACUGUUUAACUGUGACAAUAGACGGAUCGAAAAGCACCAAUUACUGAUUACGAGUCUUCAUAGCCAAGAACAUCACGGCUUAACUUACAGACGACCAAUAACAUCGCGACGUAAUUGACCAAUCAGAUCAAUAACCAGAGUAAUCUAUAAACAGAGUAUAAUCCCCCGCAUCAACUGACGUGAUACAACUCACUUUGACUCUGAAGAUGACUACCGCACAGGUUGUCGAAACGUCAGUCACUGUCAACAACAACAAUCCUAUUCAGGACAACGUUCACCUGGACGAUCAAACUAAACCUUCUUUUGAAUUAUACUGAUUGUUGGCUAGGUUGCUAACUGGUGGUCAACUGAGACAUAACAGGUUGUUUUCUUUUUUAGUUGCUACUCAAGGCGUUUUUACAAAGCACGAGUCCUGAACUUGUUGGCAUUUGUGUUUUCACUUAGUCCGACGCAAUUGGUUUUCGCGUUACCCACGGUAGACAUGCACGGUGUAUACUUCAGAGAGUCUUCUGAGGAAAGAAAGCCUAAAAACGAACUUUUGACUCUGUUGUCACGAUUUGUAAAAUUGAAGAAAGUUUGACUACUAUCGGCUGAUAAUGAGUUGAAAUGGAGUGCAAUGAUUUUACAGUGGAACCUCGAUAUAACGAACCUCUAUAUAGCGUAGUCCUCGGUAUAACGAAAACGAUACUUUUUGCCCCAGUAAUAGUAAAAUAUAUGGAAAAGAACCUCCAUAAAACGAAACCUCGUUAAAGCAACGAAUUUUUCCAGACCCUCGCCUUCGUUAUACAUCGAAGUUCCACUGUACAUAAUCAUGUCCUUGUUCUGGUACAAACGUACAGUUUAAAUUCAUAAUACAGCCAGCAGUGAAGCCAGUCUACUUCUCUCUCAAUCGAAGUUUAGCCCGUAAACCAUGGAUAACGUCCCUUUCUGAAGUCUUACUGCAGCCCUGCAACGUUUCAUGCUUGUUUUCACUGUACCGUCUAUUCUCUCCUUCUCAUUUCUAUAGGUUGGAGCUCAACGGAGAACUGUUAAAUUGUCCUGUGGACCGGAACAUCCUAAUACGAGAUGCGGUAAGUGAUCUCUUACACUGCCGGUCGAUUGAAGCUGGCCAGGAGCGGCUGCUGAGCCUGCUUACUCCUUUAGUCUUUUCUACUCACUGACUUAUACUAAAAUUAAUAAUUAAUUAGCCAAUUCUAACACCAUUCCAUUCAUCCAUUAUAUUAUCUGCUUAGAAUCUGUUUAGAGUCUGGAUUUCAUGUAUAGUUCUUUCCUUGUCGGUAUAAUUUGCUAGGCUGCUUUUAGCCUUUUAAACAACGAUUAUAGCGCAGCUCCACGGGCGGCGCGAAGCUCCGCGCGUGGGUGGAGCCUCAUAGCUAAGGAAAUGUGGUAAUCUAUCCAUCCGAGAAAAUAUGGUAGACACGUGACCGUACACCGAGCGAGUGACCGUCCGUCCGCACCACAGGCAUACCAAUGUAAAAUAACUCAAUCAACAGGUAUGGCAACCCAAAUGCAACUCAAGGUUUUAUUUUGAACGAAAUCACAUGGCCGCCCGGACUUUUAGAAAGAAAAAACAACAAAGUCGUGUCUUUUUCGGCGGUUAUCUUUUAUGUUUACACUAACGUGGAUAACAAAGAAAGAGCUAGAGCGAGUUAUUGAAAACAAAGGAGACGAAUUUCGUAGUGAGAAAAACAUGGAAAUUCAAAGCAGCGGUGAGAAAAUGAGAAAUGCUAGCGGCCAGCAAGGUUAAAAUGAGCGGCGGUGAAAACUAAAAGCGAACAUGAACACAGGAAACAAAAUAUUGGGUAAACACAUUCGACAAUUGCUCCAUAAAAAUAAUGUGUAACUAGGAAGUUUGACGUCUUAGUCAUACAAAACAGCGUUGUCGGUGUGCUAAACAACGGCAAGGGAAAGACAAAAAAGCGUGCUGCACGUGCAAAUUUGCUUUUUGCUAAUCAGAAGAAAAGGUGUGCUGCACGUGCAAUUUGUUUUUUUUUGCUAAAUAGACCUUUUUACCGAUACGGCGGCCAUAUUGAAUUAAUUCGAUUUAAGGAGUAUUAUAGGAUGCCCAGGGGGCAUGAGCACAUUUCGUUUGUAUUUUUAAGCGCUUUUCGGGACAUUUUUUCUUAAAGUUUUCUUAGAAUACAGCGUGCAAAGAAAGUCGUGUCCGACAUCCUGGGGCUAGUGGAUUUUGCUAUCGGGCUAGCGAACUCUGUGCUUAACUUGCCCGACGGGCAAGUGAAGAUUUUUCGGAGAAGUAAAAUUUCAGAAGUACUGCAAAACAAAAAAUGUGUUAAAUUCCUAAUAAAGUCGAAAGUCGCUCCGACGAAGUGAGAUCUGCAUAAACAAGACGAAGUAUCGCAUUACAUGUCAGACGAGACAUAUUGAGAUCCGGCGCUUAAAGGAAAAGCAGAUAUUGAAAAAACUUUGGACGUUAAUGUUGCCCGUGACUAAUUCUUACUGAUUCAGAGAACGCUGUUUGUCUAAAUGUUGCUUCAUAAUCAUUUGUAAGGAGCCUAAAAGGUUUUGAUCCUGAACUCCUGGCCACCUCGUAUUGUUUUCACUUUUCAUGAAAAUCUUUUAGAUGAAAAGUUGCCAGAAAUAAGACGAACAUUUUUGUUCUUUUGAAACCUAAAAUCUUUGGUUACUUGUAACAAGAUGAACCACGAAUUUGCGUAAUUUUUGUUCCCAUGAUAUUUGCUCACUGAUGCGUGACUUGGCACUCGCAUUUUCCACUUUCCCGUGAACUUGAAACUUGACUCGGAAAACCGACUCCCAAACAAACCUUCUUCAGAAAAAUGAUCUUCUGAAUUCACUACUUUUGAAUGAGAAACAAACUGAUGAAAGCUAUCAAAUUUUUAUGCCUUUAAUAAUAUAAACAUCUCUCCUGUCAGCGGCUAAGAAAUACUCUCGCGGGAAAUUGCGCGGCAAAUUGCAGAAUGAAGUGCUUUUCUGGCAGCUUUUCGUGUUGUCUACGUUGUCGUUUAGUGUGUUCAUUGAGAACUUUGGUUUCACGGUUUCAACACCGUUUUUUUCUUAAAAAAUGUUUUUCUAAAUUGUAAAAUGUCUAAAAUGCAUGUUAAUCAUUCACGUGUUGUGGUGGACUUACAAAAAAUUCUACAGUGUGGCAGCGCCGAGAGCAAAACAGCAAAACUAGAUCAAACAAGUUGAAGACAUCGGGAGUGAAUAUUGCGUUGAACUCAAAGCGUUACAGAAGAUUGAGUAUUUGGACAUUUUCACGAGAGGUUAACCAAUAAUAUGUAGUUUUUAGCAUUGUGUUAUUUGUUAUUUGGACCUUCAUUCCGUUAGUUUCACUUAAAUUCCUUAUUUCAUCAUUCAAGACAAAGGCAUUUAUAAUCAAAAGUUUAACACCGAAUUAUUGUACUAGUGCACACUUUUACGGUUAUUUAUUGCUUUUGUUAAAUAACUACAGCUGAUUGUAAUGAAGAAAUGAAGCAGUAAUUUAUUAACUUACAGUGUAAUUAAGAAAGGAAUAAUUAAUUAAUAUAUUUUUUUCAUUCUGGUCGCGAAAAAAAUUUUUCGCGCUAGUAAAAAUGACUUUAGGGCUAGUAGAUGAAUUGACUUUCUUUGCACCCUAGAAUAAGAUUGUAAUGGGAAAAAAGAUCCCUGUGCCUUGUUUGGAUGUAAUAAUGAUCGCCUUUUUCCCGAGAAAUAUACAGUGAAAGACCAUAUUUCUAAUACUAAACUAGAAAAGGAAGAUCAUUAUUACAUCCAAACACGGCACAAAGAUCUUCCCUCUCGUUACAAUCUUAUUCUAAGAAAACUUUAAGAAAAAAUGUCCCGAUAAGCGCUCGAAAAUACAAACGAAAUGUGCUCAUGCCUCCUGGGCAUCCUAUAAUGCUCCUUAAAUCGAAUUAAUUCAAUAUGGCCGCCGUAUCGGUAAAAAGGUCUAUUAGAUCUAUUGGUCUUGAAGCCAUUUUCAUUGUCGUCUCCGUUUAACAUUACACGAUUUAAUUUUUGUGGUUUAUAAGUAUUACUGAACCAGAGCUUCGCUUUUAGCCCUGGCUAAAUCUAUAUAUUAGCGGAGCUCCGGCGCGCGAAGCGCGCCAGCGGAGCACCAUGGGUAAUAAAAUUUGGUAAACAAUCCAUCCGAGAAAAUUUGGUUAUGACGUAGCGUACGCCCGCACACUCUUUGCGGGGGAGGGAAGGGAAUCAGGUGUUAGCCCGUCCGGGGGAGGAGCAUGUUAUAAAUCGCGCGAUGCAUUUGUGCAACCCACCUGUUUCUUGGCGGGAAAUCGCGCAAGAAAUGACGUUGCUGUCGUCGCGUUCGAAAACAUGUUUACUUCAACCGAACUACCUCAUUGCAUAAGGAUUUUGUGUCCGGAGAGCUCAGUUUCUAGUAAACUGUUUCGAAGAAAUUGUUAUGGCAACAAACAAUAGCGGAUUGGAUUCAAACUAUUUGCUUGUAAGUGAAAAGCGACGGGAAAGAGAAGAAGAGAAAGGCAUAGAGUAAGAAUUAACAGGCGCGCUAGCGAAGAGGAUUCAAGUGGAAAAUUUAUGCAGCAUCUGCGACUUGUUCACUGAUAGCUGAAGCUGACAGAGUUUUGAGUCAUCUUGUGAUGUUUUUACCUGUCUUUUUGCACUGGAUCUACCAAAUGAAAUACAGCAGCUAUCAACAUUCUUUUGUUAUUCUUGGCUGGCUUCUUUACUGGGUUGUGGUUGAGAAAUGCGCCGCACGACAAAAAGAAAUCGGGAAUCAUCGUUUUCAAAAAUAAGCUACUCUUAGUAAGCUUACUUCGCCUUGCUGGACCAUGCGAAAAAUCUUAAGCGAUUCUGGCCUUACUUGAUGGGUUUCCGUGCUGCAUCUCGACCGGUAAGCUUGAGUAAUUUUAUUGCAUUUUAUGUGUUUUCUUUUUUCAUGUUUAUGCCGUCAUUUUACGCAAAUUUGUAAGGUUUGAAUCAGUUUAACUGACCUAGUAAAGAACUUAAAAAGUCUUCAGACAUUUUCUGACCGCGACUAGAAGAAAAAGUUCUGAAAAAUAGUUUAGUUAUCCUAUUGUUUGUAAAAAGAAAACUUUGAGCGAUAUUCUUGCCUGGAGUUCAUCUUGCAAAAUAGCAAACACUGCGAAGGCGGCUUAAAACUUAAAGGUCAAAUGAACCAAAAUUACGACCUUUUUUAUUUUAGUUCAAUUCUAGUGAAUUGUGUUUAAUAUGAACCAAAUACACAUACUAUGAAGUUUCAGCUCAAUUGAAGCAAGUAUUCCCGAGAUAUUCGCAAUUAAAAAUUGCUAUUUUUUGGCCCUAAUCUUCAUAGAGCGGUCGGAAAAAUUGUCGGAAAAAACAGCUUGUGACGUCAAUGUUGGUCAGGCGAAAAAAAGCGGGAAAUUCAAAACAGAGUUUUUGCGAGUCGACUUGGCGCAGAAGUGGUUUGUGCGGCCAUAAACCUAGAAAGAACAAGCAAUUUGUCUUCAAACGUUGCAAGCUGUGGUAACAUUCUUAUUAAUUAAUUUUCUCGAAGAAUACAUCAUAGUAAAACGGACUUUAACGACAUAUACUAAUUUCCUAGAGUUGUACUGGAAAAUGUGCGUGCGUAAGUCCGAUUUUUUUCAAGAUGCAUUCACAAAGUGUGUUCAUAUAAGAAGGUUCCUGGAUAUAUAAUUUCCGGAGCUCCACCGUGGACACAAAAACAAAAUAUCUUUGUAUAAUAAUCUGCCGAAAGAAAUUCAAGUUUGCCCACAAUGUGUUUGAAGUCACUGAACUUUGUCGCACUCGAGCUGAUAUUUUAAAACCUACGCUCGAUCGGACACUUCUAGCUUCGCAGAUCACUAAAAUAUAAACAAAAUCCUCAAUGUAGAAGUUUUGGCGUUGAUAUGUGGGCAGAAAAAGAGUUAAUCAGUAUCUAGUGAAUCUUCCCUAAGAUCGGUUUCAAAGCAACCAUAGUUUUUUAAACUUGAUCGUUUCGCGCAGAUUAAUUUUGCUUUGUGUUGUCAAGUUGAACAUGCAUAACCCCUGUUAAAAACCUACGCGUAAGUAAGAUUUCCUUCAAACAAAGUUAAAGUUACAUUAUAGCAAAAACUUCUUUCCAAUUAUGUAUAAGAUUUAAUUACCGAUUGAGGUCACUUUAAGGACCAUAGACGCCACUGGCCAAGCUGGCAAAGAGAUGCGACAAGCAAAGAACAAUUCCAUCAUCCAUAAAAUUCAGCUAAGUGAACUAAAAAAGCUUCAAUAAAGUUGCAAAACAACAAAUUUUCAUUAAAAAAACAUAAGGCUUAAGGCUCUUAUACCUGCUGACAAAGAAGAAGUGAAUUUUUCUGUACGGAAACAACCUACCUAAAGCUCUUAAAAGCAAAAGAUCAGUUGCAAGCUUCGCAGCCAAGCCAUGAUUCUGACUACUUAGCUACUUUUAAUAACUGGUCCAUGCGAGGGUCUUCAUUCAAGCAAAUUAAACUCAGCAAACUGAAUUAUUAGAAAAUACAGAAAACUGCACAUAAGGAUUUGUUUUGCUCGCUUCAGUCAAAUGCAGCUCCAGCAAUUGUUUACGGGCAAAGAGUCGAUUGUGUUGGAGUCACCGUCGGCAGUUGUCGUUCUCCGAGCCGCUAAAUGACAGCGAGUGAAAGGAGAAUUUGCGUACAGAGAGAUAUAAAAACUACGUAAUUAAAACUGAAAAAACUAAAGGAAAAAAACUCCGACUAUUAUCACUGGAGCAAACAGAAAAUGAUCGAAGUAGUCUUUUCUUCUCGAGUAAGCUUGCUGGCCUUCUAAAGUUCCGAGAAAGUUUUUAAAACUUUUAAGUUUUAAAAGCUUAAAAGCGCACAAGGUUGUUCACUCGCAUGCGUUAGCCGUUACGGUUAUUUGACUGAAGACAAGGAUAAAGCUGGUUCUGCAAAGGUAAAUAAAUCUGGACAUAUAUAAAAAAAGUAACCAUAACAACUAAUAACAAUACAAGCAGGUUUUAAUUCAACCCGGCGAAAGAAGGCGAAGCAAUGGACACAAAAUCAACUCACAAAUCGAAUGCACAAUUAUCAGGAAAAUACAAACCUGUUUGGAAAUGUUCAAAACGUUUUAUUCCACCUCAGACUGGAGGAAUGAUCUGUUUUUACUCUAACAUUGAUUGUUCUGAAUCCAAAGUAAUUUUCAAGUGAAGAAAAAAAACAACAACAAAAAAAAAACAACAAAAAAAGCCUUUACAAGGAGCAAACGUUCGCUCCUCGUGCAUUUCAUUCAGUCUCAGUCAGAACUCUCACAGAACGAGACAAACAAACGCAAGCGAUAAGGGAUUCGCAGAAGCUUGCGCAGAACGUUUUUCCGCCCUGAAAGACCAACAUUGACGUCAUAGUCUCCAGUCUAUCACGCGGCCAUUUCAGAAACGUUUUCGUGAAGUCUUCGGAAAUGCUCGGAUUUUGAUCUUUUAUCUUUCUAUAAAGGCUUGGGACGAAAAAUCUUUACCCAAAUCUCACUUAGGAUGGUUCUUUUUAGUGUUUGGUGAAGGUAAAGCGACAAAAGAAAAUAUGUCAAUUUUUUGGUUCAUUUGACCUUUAAGGCUUAAUUUAAAUCUAUUCGUGACUCAGCUUUACUCUCAAAACACGUCUUCGGGAAUAAAAAUUGUUGACCUUUAAAUGUUUCUUCGUAUUAUAUUUCUUGUCUUGAUUGUUUGUCAAGAUCUCGUUCUUAAAUGAUCGCUUUGCCCGUUGUUGUUUUCAGUCGUCCGUGAACGCGUUGGUCACGCUCUACGUCCAAUUUUUAUGCUCUGAUUGGCAAAAUUUGACAGGUGAGUUUAUGCGGAAAAUUUAUGCAGCAUCUUGAAACUUGUUUACUUUGACAGCUGAAGCUGACAGAGUUUUGUGUCAACUUGAGAUGUUUUUAACUGUCUUUUUCUACUGGAUGUACGAAAUGAAAUUCAGCUACUAUCAAGAGUCUUCUGUUAUUCAUGGCUAGUUUGUCUAUUGGGUUUUUGGUUGAGAAAUACGUCGCCUGUCAAAGUCGGAAAUCCGAUUUCGGAUAGCAUCGACUCGUUUUCGUUUUUCACCUUGCUUGAUUGAAAAGUCUGAAGCGAUGUAGCUUCCAGGAGCUGCCUGAGUAAUUAUUGUAUUUGUGUUUGUUUUUUUUUCAUAUAUCUAAUUUCAUGAAGCCGAGCGCAGUUUAUGAGGCUAUAGUUUAUGCAUGUUUGAAUUAAGAUUUGAGAUAAUGAUCUGACCUAUAGUAUGAGGUUUGAUUUAAGCUUGCAGAACUUUAAAAAGUCUUUAGUCGAUAUUUUCUCACCGCAAAUAGAAACAAAAAAAGGUUGCGUUUUUAUUUUAACUGUAGAAAGAAAGCUUUGCGCAAUUUUCUCGCCUCGAGUUCAUAUUUGAAAACAGCAAACACCGGGAAGCCGGCUUUAAAACAUAAACUUUGGCUUUAAGGUGGCUCCCUAGAGUAAAUUGGCCGUGCGCAAGCCUGAGCACUAGUAUGGCGCGAGCUUUAGAAUCCGCGCGACGUCCACGCAAAAAUUAAAACAAACAUGGCCUCUCAGGUUCGAAAUAUUCCACCCAAAAAACUUUAUUAACUUUCUGUUGAAGCUCAUUGUGCAAAAAGUUUGAUUAGUGUAGGUCAAACAUUUAUGAGAGCAGACAAUGUUACACCGGUUACAAUUCACUAUCGAUCUCCAUAAAAGUAAAUUGUAUGUCAAAACAAAGGAGAAAUUUUCCAAAGACAUUAAUUCCUUCGCUUCAAAAGUAGACAAGCGUUAAAUGGUCGAAGUAAAUGGUGAGUGGAAACUUUACUUAGAAAACAAAGAAGUAAGUGCACUAACCCAGAAGGAAGCAAUGUUGCUGUUUCUGGCCUUUGGUUCACGGUCAGCGGAAAGAUCUGAAAGAUCGAGCCAAUUCCCGAACAAACACUGACGAUUGUCGUCACUGGCGGAGCUCCUUGGUCACUUUAUUUCUCUUACAUUUGAUUUGAUUUAAGUAAUUCUAGACGUGGCUUUAAGACAAGAUAACAGGGAGUGUAAAUUUUUUUUUUGUUUUGCCGACUCUAUCACAUUGUUUAAAAAACUUAUCAGAAAAAAGGUUUCCCACUUAACUUGCAUCCUAAUCGAAGGAACCUUUCCAUCGACGAACCAACAUCCUUGUAUUUUUUCUUGUUUCAAACGUCCUUCAACGCACAUGCAAGAUGCACUAGAAAAUGUUUUUGCACAACGAGAAAUAAUUUUUACUCACAGAUUGACCCUUGACGAAAGCAAUAGUUGCCCGUCGAGACCUACGGUCUUGUACGUGUAGCUGAGGACAUGAUUUAAAGAUCGGCGCCAUCUUCUACAGCAGACUUUUAAAGAAAAACUUCGCCGUUGAAAUUAUCCCUAAAGAAGAACAAGGUCGAAAAAGUAUCCGGAAGUGGGCUGACAUUUGAAGAUCUGCAAACAGUGUACAGCAGAUUAGGAAAUGAAGGGCUUAUUGCGAUCCUUGCACAACCACCGUCUUCAUCUCCGACGAUCGCCAUCCUAACGAGUUACCAACACGGUUCGAAUUUUAACUACAAAAGUCAAGUACUGCGAGGAAAACAUCCUGUGUUAGGUAUAAAAUUGAAUCCGCUAUCUCUCCUUUUUCAACUGGCGAGACUCACCGUAAUAAUACUAAUAAACGGCUUCAAAAGAAUGGCUUUCGUACUCUUCAAAGAAACCACAUGUUUUCAGUAGCUUUGUGCAUUAUGCGCAUGCGGGCGUGAUGGCUCGCGCGCGUAUUUUGCUCACACGACCUCGAACCACGCGUGUUUUUCGGAUUUUUGUGACGUCAGCGCACUUAAUUAUAUAAUUAACCGUGAAUUUCUCGCGUUUCCUUCGGUAAAUUUUUUUAAAAAUCGCCUCAUUUCUUAACAGUCGCAGUACCUUUGUGCUGUCAUUUUUUUGUCAAAAACUGUAAGAGCUAAAUUCCCCUAUUAAGAAAAAUUACAAAUUUCAAAAUAUUGGCAAAACCGUCUUAACGACCCCAUGUUUUUUCCUUUUUAAAAUGUUAAGCAAUAUCGUUAAUAUAGAGUGGCAAAGUUUAAAGACAUUUCGGGAAAUUAGAAAUAUUAAGGGAAAUGGGCAAAAAUGACAAAAUUACUGCCUGGUUAAGGAUGCGAUGUUUCCAUGGCAACGGCCUUAAUCCAGAAAAUGAAACUUGAUAAAGGAGCCUUCUUAUAUGGGUAACCUUAGCGGUGAAUCUCGUGAACAAAAUCGCAACGACAAAGUAACUAGAUUUCCUUCUGUAACGUAUGCUUGAUAGCUCGGAUUAUUAGUAAAUACUCUAGGGAGCCACCUUAAGCAUAAAGACUCAGGAUUCUUAGAGACACUUUGAUACUUAAUUGUCUUCGUGAAUGAAAAUUGUUGUCUCUGUAAAUAUUUCACCGAAUUAUAUUUCUUUUAUUGAUUGUUAGUAGUCUCUCUUGCAAUUUGCCGUUAAUGUUUUCAGUUGCAGGAGUACUCAAAACGUCGCGCGUAUUAAACGCUUGUUAAGUUUACAAAUCCUUAUAAAACCAUUAAAUAAUAAAAAAAAAACCCACAAUAAAUUCUUUAUUAUGUUGAAGUGUAACUCUCUUAAUGUUCAUUCAAACACUCCACAGCUUGCAACUGGCCGGCCGUUAUAUAGGUGAUUUUGGAACUUUUUUUAGCGGUUUCGCUAAAAGCCCACGCGUGCUUCGAUCGUCCUGAAUAUUGAAUGAUUGCAAUUUAUAUUUCAAAACUAUGAAAUACUGCAUUCUGUCUGAGGUCUGUAUGAUAAAAACAGCGCCUCGUAGUACUGUUUCACCUCAGACUGUCAGAUGUGAUGUACAAAAAGUAUAAAAGGUUGGUUAACACGCCCCCAGAUUUGUUAGCAAGAUUUUGUAAAGCAAACUUGUCAAACGGAAAAAAUUCUGCCGGAUUUCCUUUCCAAGCAUUUGUUUUCCAGGCCUAAUCUACUGUGAUCAAGAGCCUUUAUGGACGUUAAAUGUGAUCGAAGAUGAUUGCUAUUUUUUGGGUGUACAUAUAAAGGCCGUCAACUCGAUGUAAGGUUUGGUGCACUCUUGGACUGUUAGCAAAUUAUCAAAGUUCUCUCAAAUCACUUAGCUUUAAUCCCUCAAAACAAAAGUCACAUGAAUGUGCUCUAAAGUGAACUGAUUUGCGGAAUACAAGUUUAUUGUUUGAUUGAAAUUACAAAUUUAUUAAUGGGAGCUUCGCUUUUAGCCCUGGCUAAAUCUAUAUAUUAUGUUAUUCCCUUCUCCCUUUCCAUUAAUGGUGACUCGUCCCACUUAACCUCGUCGCAAUAGUCAUCUUUAUUUAUUGGUGAACAAUGUAAAGGCCGCUUCAUUUAGCCUUCAAAACUCAUUAAUAAUUCACAAAGAAAAAACAAAAGAAAUGAAUGUUUAAUGUUUAAUGAAUGUUUAAUUUAUAUCUGAUAAAGAAACGCACCCUUAAAUUAAAUUAUUAUUCAUUCAAAUAUUUCCCCAAUUCUGAUUGGCUAAAAGCACACGCAUUAUUCACCAUAACUAGUUACUGAUGACCAAAUUUGGAAGAAUUUUGUGUUUAACGAGGAAAUGACGUCAAAAAUGCAGUCCUCUACAGGUUAACGCACCGUUAACAGAGAACGCCUGAGGACGAGGUUGAAUUGUUUUCACUCGUUUCAAGAGUAAGAACUACAGCUGGAACUAGGCGAAAUAAUAGCUAAAAACAUGGCAAAAACAGCAAAAAGACAACUCGGAGGGCGACAUCUGCUAUUUGGAGAAUAUUUGCGGAGCUGAACAAACCUAAACGUACACUAUCGAAGAUGAACUUAACAUCGAUGCAGGUAAGCAUGUUUUAGGAAUUAUUUUUAUCCAACUCGACCUUCGGCCUCGGUGGAUAACAACCUCCUCGAUCUGCUCAAUUCUUCAUACCCUACUCAGCCUCAUUCAUUAAUUGCUAAAUAAGAGAUCUUUCAAACCACACCCAAAUGUAUGUUAUUCAGUGAAAAAGGCCAAAAAAUAUGUAUAUAUAUGCAAAGAAUCAGUCCAAUGUAACUCUGACUGGAAUAUCCCAAUGAACAACCUUCCAACUACCUUCCAUCGUCGGGGUGCCGCAAAAGCCUUUCCCUUUGAAAUUAAACCUAGCAUAUGUAUAAAGAGGAAAGAGAAGAGUGGGAAUCCUGUUAUUUGGGGUCAGGAGCAAGUGUUAGAAGUGCAGUGCUCGAUUUGUAGAUGAGGUUUUUGGUAGCUUCGUUCCUCCUUGGUCGGAUGUCGACCAUAAAAUUUGCUUGACUACACAAAAUCUCCCAGAGGGUGAAUGGGUUAAAAAACCAAGCACGUAGUAUAUUUAUGUGAGUAAACAAACAAAUAAAUGGACAAAGGUUAAUUUAACUCUUUACUUUUUAGGACAUUUUCGCUGACAAGGCAACAAAAAGAAAGAUACUUUCCUUCAUCAUCAAAUGUCCUAGCAACGGUUGCCAGUGGACUGGUGAAUUGAGGUCAAAAACUGUAAGUGGCGCAACUCCAUGUUGUUUCUACCACCGUGAUUUACCGGUAAACUUCAUGUAAGAAAAUGAAUAGAAUUGUUGGUCUGUCACAGUGUAACAUGUGCAGAAGUCACGCCUUCAAGACUUGUGUAUUAUCAGUUGUUGUAUUUAACUGCAGAAGAAUACUUUCAACCAAGAUGAUAUACAUGUUAGAGAUGAAAAUGCAUCAUUUUCGUGCAUAAACUUGUUAGGUUCUAGAAACUGUCAAAUGACUUAAAUAUGCAAACUGAUAAGAUAAAAACCAUCCUUUGAUCAACCAGUUUUUACUUUAGUGAUGGGAGAUGGGCAGCUGAUAUUUUAUAAGCUGACAAUUUAUCUUUCUUGAAUCAGCUAAAUCAGCACUUUAUUGCUCGGACAUCUUGUUCUCAACUUGACAUUGGUUUUGUUUUAUGAUUGAUUUUUACCUUUAGAGUUAAUUGCAUGUUAAUGAGCAAAUCUUAUAUAAUCACAUAAGCUAAAAGGGAUAGAGUAUAAAGGUAGAGAAAAUCUGUGAUUAAUCGGAGAAAGAAAAACGGAGAGAGAGAGUCGGAGAAAGAGAAGUCAGUGAAACUAAGCAAGACAAAGAGAAGAAGAGAAGAAAAGAGAAGGAAAGAGUGAAAUAGUAAGAGAUAAAGCUAGUACGAAACACAUGUAAGGAAGGUGUAAGUCUAUUACUUCUGAAUUAUUUGUCUUUGUCCUUCUGCGAGUUCUCAUCACUCCCACUUCACACUGUCGGAGCACGUCCCCCGUUACAAAUAAGUAGGUUGAAUAUGACUGAGUCCGGGAGAGUGUAACAUAGAAUAGCAUAGUCAAUAGGGUAAGUUAAUGGUAUUUAAAUAUAAUUGGUUACAAUAGCUAACAACAAACAACUUACUUGGGCAUGAUGAUAGACAUGAUAGUUUCCUGCCGUGUCCGGGAACUAAACUGUCAACACAUGAACACCAAACGAUAAUUUUCUUUUCCAAAAAAGGACCACUUAACGUCAUGUCCCCGUAAAAUUGUGGCCUGCACGAACAAAAACUGCUCUGAGACUAUGACAAGGAACAAGCUACAGAAACACAUGACCACCACGUGUGCAUGGAGGAUUCUUAGUUGCACUCACUGCAGUGAAUCACAUCCGGAGUGUAAAACUAAGGUAAGAAUCUUAAUUAAUUGUAGAGGAGUCUAUCAUAUAACAUACCGUUGGCAUCGGUAAUAAAACUAUGAAUUUAGGUGAAUUCUGCUGUUUCAAAACCAAGCCAGCAUGCAGGAACAGCAACAGCGUCAACUGCAAUAAACGGUAACCUGCAUUGAUGGGUCACUUACCAACCUUCCAUAUAGCGUUAUUUUCAUUGUCUUCACCUGCAUUUAGUUUAGUAAGCGGUCAGUUGGCUUUACCAGCUCUACCAGCGGUGACCUCUUAACUUGGGUUUCGCGGUAAUUUCAAUGAUUUUAUUUUCUAGGCCCAUCAUGCCGAUUGUAAGAAAUUCCCAUUGAACUGUUCUCAAAACUGUGGAGCUGUCAUUCCGAGAGAAAAGGUAUUAAUACUAGAUUUACAGUAUUAAGCGCAUUGAAACAAUAGCCAAAUAAAUUUUAUAACACAAGGCCCUACGGAAACGUCUAUACCAAGUCAAGAAGUCAACACCUGCCUUACGAUUCAUUUAUACAGCUUGUGUUAGCUGAAAACCAAUCAAUUUUUUCUUUAUAUUUCGUCCACUUGUUGUAUUGAUUUUUCCGUAAGAUACGUAAUAAAAUAUGCAGAUUAAAAAGAGAAGGUUCCCCGGAGUUUACACCCGUAAAAACGCUGAAUAUUCAUUAACGAAACAAAACUUAAUUUGGUUUUUGUCAUGAAUUUAAGGGGAUAAAUAAUUUGAACGUGUGCCGCCUCUUUAAUAAAACAAAUUUUUGAAAAUGGGAGUUUCAUUUGAUAAACUCCUACACACGCACAGCUUUAAUUGCAGCAUCAUUCCUUCCUCCCAGAAUGAGAAGUAGAGAAAAUUGUAAAGAGAGUCGACCAGACAAGUGCUUGCAUAGCCUCCUUCGCAGGCAACUCCUUUUGUAACUGUUACACUGAUUUCCGUUCUCUCCCCAUUCUCCCACCGUUCUCUAAAACAGGUUGAAGGAAAAGGCGUCGCCUCCCCCUCGGCUAGGCGAGCAAGGCACACGAGAAAAAAAAAGGGUUACUCAAGAGACUUGGCAAAAAAAGUGCCCUUCCCUAAUUUGCUCAAUUUCUUUUCUCUUCAUUCAUCUUGGGGCUCAGAUUUAUCUUCGGCUUGUGCUAAACAUAACACAGCCGACAUGUGUGAUGACAGGGGGAAGAUCAAGGUUGAAAGCAAUGAAUCACGUGCAUUCCCUUCUUCUCCAAACCAUGUCUGCACUAUACGGCUGACGCGGAUACCAUUCUGUUUAAACAGCUAAUUUUCGAGUAAACAGUCUUCAACGGCUGCAAAUUCAAUUUUUGAAGCAAGGACCAGCUUACAAAAAGAAGGACCUGAUCCUAAUAAAGGAUCUAAUCAGCAAUAAGUGAAAUUAUAAAACAAAAGAAGCAAGGCUGAUUUUACAGUCGGGAAUAUAUAUAUAUAUAUAUAUAUAUAUAUAUAUAUAUAUAUAUAUAUAUAAUAUAUUUUACCAAUAUUUUGGAAGACACGGCCUUCCUUCUUCAGGGUCUUCAUAUAAUGAAGAGGCUAGACUAAGACGUUACAAUUUGAAAUAAAGAAUAGCGUGCAAUAUGAUACUAUAAUAACACAUGAAAAUUUAAAAAGUGAACGUUAACAGUACGUGAAAACGAAAACCGUUGAAGUAGUGAUUUGAAAGAAAUUUGAAAUGCAAAACAAGUUAAAAUAAAUGAUAACAAAUAGAAGAAAUAUAGAAUGUAUUACACUUCAUCUUUCUUAUUCAUACCUAAUGGUUCAAGAGUACUGAUUACCUCUCUCGAUGAGGUAUGUACAGCCCCCGAAAUGAUCCCGACCCCGAAAUGAUCCCCAUUUCUCUUCACGUGGACCCCGAAAUGAUCCCCAAUUAAUUCUUGGAAUGGAACUUGUUUUCCGUCACGGAAUUAUUCCUGUUGCAGCGUUUACGUUCUUAAAUCGCGUUUAACAUGUCGCUUCUGAAUUGAAAACGUUACAGUCAAGAACAGUGAUAGGUUUGGUUUCGCCUUUAGAGUGGAAUUUGUAUGAGGUUUGUCCGUCAGAUAUGUAUUUUCAAGUGAGACAGUUUUUCCGCAUGGGUAUGAGCCCCGGGGCUGGUUGUGUUGUGUGAGAUUGCGAAGUUUGGCCCUAACUAGAAAAUCGCUGAGGUUACUACUAUGACUAUAAUCUACAAUGGGUGCAGCUUUAAAGACGUUAUAGCUACGGGGGGAUGAAAUAAGGAUGUGAAAGCGUUUGUGAAUAAUGGAUGAGAUAGAACGAAGGGAGGGGUUGUAGGUGAUAACGAAGGGAACACGUUCUGUUUUGCCCAGUGUGUAAGUGUCAUGGGGCGUAAGUGCUUCUGUCCGUGUGAUAUUGUUAACUCGCUGUAUUUCCCGUUGAAGGAAAUAGCGGUUAUAGCCAGGUUUGUAAAGACGGUCAAUAAGUUUUUUGGUGCGUAAGUUGAAGGUCUUCACAUCAUCAAAAUCUUCAGCGGCUGUACUGAUUCCCAGCUGAGUAGACAAUAUCUCUUUUUUGUAGAUUUCAGCCCACAUUGAAAAGGACUGUCCGCUGACAAUAAUUGCCUGUCCGUACUUUGAUCAUGUGGGCUGCGAAGCUGAGGUAAAUUCUAAGAGAAACAUGUAAGCGUUUACAUUUUUAAAUUUUUUUUUAAUUAGUUAUCAAAAUCCAACUCUUUUAGUGGUUUUCUGUAAAAUGACAAUGAAAGAGGAAAUCGUGCAUUAAGGAAAUCCGUUCACUGGCCUCACAUAUAAAAGGUAGUUUAAGUUUUCGGGUGUUUCCCGAUUUAUACCGUUAAAUCUAGAAAACAGCGUAUAAAUGACAAGUACAUGCUCAUCAUAAAAACUUGUUAUGUUUAUACUUCAGAUUCAGCGAAGAGAGGUUGAAUCGCAUCUUCAAGCAGCCAUGAGACUUCAUCUUGACUUAGCUUGUGUGAAAUUAGGCGACACACAAAAGAAGUUCGAAGAGACCACAAAAAAGCUAGUGGAAAGGGUCAAUGCUCUAGAAAAAGACAUGCACUCUAAGGAAAGGUGUGAAUCAUUUACGUGGAGGAUAGAUGGUUUUAGUGAGGUCUUAAGAAAAGCAAAAAGUGGAGAGCAAACCUUCAUAGAAAGCUCUCCAUUUUACAGAUAUGGAUAUAAAUGCAAGCUACGUAUACAUCCGAAUGGCUGUGACUCUGGAGAAAAUACUCACCUGACAGUAUAUCUGGUGAUAAUGAAAGGCGAAUACGAUACCACUUUAACCUGGCCUUUUGAUAAAAAGUUCACAUUUACGUUAAUUGAUCAACAAGAAAAUGAACACGACAGGGAGAACAUUGUUAAGUCCUGUACUUCAAACCCCAAGAAAAGAAGCUUUGCGAGGUCUGUAAAAGAACAGAACAUUGGGUGGGGCUUUGCUGAGUCUGUAUCCCACGAAGAACUGCAGAAAAGGCGCUACAUUGUAGACGACACUAUUUUUGUUCAUGUUCACUUUACUUCAGUAGGAUACUAA